CUCCAAUCUAUCUAAUGCAUCACAUAAAUAUCUCGAAUCUAAUUUGCAAUAUAUUGUCAGUCUCCUUCUAAAAGAAAUCACGGCAAUUCUGUCAUCACAAGUCUUUUAAGUUUGAUUAGCCAAAGUUUGAUACAUUUGACAUGGUCAGGGUUAAACUUGAUUUGCGGUAUAUAUGAGAAUGGGCUAUGACCUUUAACGUAAGAAAAAUACGCCAAGUAACUAAUCCCCCACUUAAAUAGUUUUGAGUGGAAAAAUUUAAGUAGGAGGUACUAAAGUAAAUGUAAGAUAAAUUGAAGGCUUGAUACUCUUUAAUAUAGAUCUCUUACAUAUUGAAAAUAAGGCCUCUGUAGGUGGUCAUUCCAAGACUAGAACUGGUCAGUGUAGGAGCAAAUAAAGUUUUGCACUGACCGUACCUAAGAUAAUAAGUUAGAAAUAUGUGGGACGAUGAAUCAUCUCCAUGGGAUACUGAAGAUCCUGGAGUAGAUGAAGGCAAUGAAACAAAAGAAAAUGGAAUCACUACUGAUACUACUUCCCUCGAGUCUUGGGAUUUUAAAAAGGCUAAUUUGCCCAAGGCCAAUAAGCCGCAAUAUACUCUUCAUUGGGUUCGACCACUUUAUCUCAAUUAUCAUUAUCUUUAUAAUUAUCGGCAAAAUUAUUAUAACGACGUUAUUGAUUGGAUGGAUAAAAGAAAUAAAGGAUGUUAUCGUGAGAUACCACGUGCUCAAGAAUGGGCUGAACGAGUUAUAAGAACUUAUAAUGAAAAGAAUAUUGAAAAAAGCUACAAACGCUCAUCAGAUAUGCGUUUGCUAAUGGAUUGUAAACCAGUAGCACGACAUUAUAGUUAUCAUACACGAGCUUAUUAUAGUCUCAAAUAUCAAAAAAUUCUUUAA